AUGUCCAAGAAGUGUAUUGCUGUGAUUGGAGCUGGAAUUAGUGGACUGGGGGCCAUCAAGUGCUGCUUAGAUGAAGAUUUGGAGCCUACCUGCUUUGAAAGAAAUGAUGAUAUUGGAGGCCUGUGGAAAUUUCGGAAAAAUCCUUCAGAGAAAAUGCCUAGCAUCUACAAAUCUGUGACCAUCAACACUUCAAAGGAGAUGAUGUGCUUCAGUGACUUCCUCAUACCAGAUCAUUUUCCCAACUACAUGCAUAACUCCAAACUCAUGGACUACUUUAGGAUGUAUGCCAAACACUUUGGCCUUCUAAAGUACAUCCGAUUUAAGACCAAAGUGCGAAGUGUGAGGAAGCGUACAGAUUUCUCUGUCAGUGGACAAUGGGAUGUUGUUGUGGAGGCUGAAGGGAAACAGGAGACCUUGGUCUUUGAUGGGAUCCUGGUCUGCAGUGGCCAUCACACAGACCCCUACUUGCCACUUCAGUCCUUCCCAAGCAUCAAGAAGUUUGAAGGCUGUUAUUUCCACAGCCGAGAAUACAAAAGUCCUGAGGACUAUGUGGGAAAGAGAAUUGUAGUGGUUGGCAUUGGAAAUUCUGGUGUGGAUAUUGCCAUGGAGCUCAGUCAUGUAGCAAAACAGGUAUUCCUCAGCACUAGACGAGGAUCCUGGAUUUUACACCGUGUUUGGGAUAAUGGAUAUCCCAUGGAUAGUUCACUUUUUACUCGAUUUAAUAGCUUUUUACAGAAACUAUUAACUAUAGCACAAAUAAAUAACUACUUAUAG